AGUCUCGCGAUAUCUGGUUUCUGUUCUCUCCAGCCUCUUCUUUCUGGCGGGUAGCUGUGGUUGUGGAGCGUCGCGCUCCCUCCUCAUGGGGUCUCUCCUCGGCCUAGCGCCUCCCCCCGCACUCGCCGUUAUUUGAAGCGGCGGCCUCCGCGCACUGCCGGCGCCACCGGAUAUGAGGAAGUUUGGCACCUAAAUGACCUCUUGUGCUUUUGAAAAUCUCCCCCUUGGCAAAUGUUCGAAAUGAGUUGCACGAUUGAGAAAGCCCUAGCUGAUGCUAAAGCACUAGUAGAGCGACUAAGAGAACAUGACAACGCAGCAGAAGCUCUUAUUGAACAGACUACAGCUCUCAACAAGCGGGUGGAAGCGAUGAAGCAGUACCAAGAAGAAAUUCAAGAGCUUAAUGAGGUAGCAAGACAUCGGCCUCGAUCUACAUUAGUAAUGGGUAUCCAGCAGGAAAACAGGCAGAUCAGAGAACUGCAACAGGAAAAUAAAGAACUACGUACAUCUCUUGAGGAACAUCAGUCUGCUUUGGAACUCAUAAUGAGCAAAUACAGAGAGCAGAUGUUUAGGCUGCUCAUGGCCAGCAAAAAGGACGAUCCAGGUAUAAUAACAAAGUUAAAAGAGCAACAUUCCAAGGAGCUACAAGUGCAUGUGGACCAAAUUACAGAAAUGGCAGCAGUAAUGAAAAGAGCCAUUGAAAUUGACGAGCAGCAGGGUUGCAAAGAGCAGGAGCGUAUUUUUCAGCUUGAAGUGACAUUGUAAACAAGAAGUGGGCAGCAUUAUCUUCUGCAAAUGUAAAUAAACUUGUUUGUCUGAGCAAUUGGCUGAACAAGGAGGACAACAGAGUGGACUUGUAGACAGCAAAUAUUUGAAUGCUGGUUUUGGUAUGUAAUUCUACAUUUGUAAGUUCAACUUUCAUGAUAAAUAGAUUGCACUGCCAUACUUGUAUUAGGUGAAUUGAAAAAUACUUUACAGUACAAAUAUUUGUAAUCAAAAAUAAAGUGAGCACUGUACACAAUUACACUGUUGUAAUUGAAAUCAAUAUAUUUGAAAAUGUAGAAAACAUCCAAAAACAUUUAAAUGGUGUUUUAUUAACAGUGCAAUUAAUCACAUUUUUUUAAAUUGCUUAACAGCCCUAAUUCUGACCAUGUCCCUUACUGGAUUUAAGUUUUAAAACUUAUUUCAAGCAGUUUUAGAACUUGGGGGUUUUACUGAACUAAAUAUGGAGUUGGUCAGUACAGUAUCCUCUCUUUAGUUUCAGUCUCAUGCUGUCUCCACAUUGUCUUCUCUAGAUUGUAGAUUUUGUAUUAAUACCUAUAUGCAUUAGGGGUGGUAGUGGGAAAUUGGAGGGCCUGAGAGCUGCAUAGGGUGGGGAACUAGCUAGCUACAUGGUUUUUUGAAAAUGCAUUAAAUAGUUCUGAAACCUGUCACUUAGCCAUUUAAAAAGAAAAAUAGGCUGGUUCAUGUUUGAGCUUUUGUUUCAGGUUGACUGUACACACUAGUUGAAUUUACAUUUUGCUCUUGCUUUCAGCAUGAGCCCAGCAGCUAUAAGAGCUAAAAAGAUUCUUGAAUAAAAAUGGAUUCUAGAACAAUUCCCCAGGCAAAGGGCCCUGAACACAACCAUCCCCACCAUAGUCAGUACUGUUCCCACAGGCUGACAUUUAUAAAGUUCUUAGUGUGCUUUAGAAACUGAUGUGAAUUAUAGUGAUCAUUGCACAUUAAAUUGAGACACAGCAUACUCCAUGGAGAAUCUGACCCUUGCUCUCUGGCCCACAUUGUGAAAAAUGGACAGGGUCCAUUUUCUCUCACCCAAAACUAGUAGUCCUAGUGAUUAAAGGAGCUAGGAUACUGGCCAUACCACAGCUGUCCCUUAAAAAGGGAGUCAGAAGAAACCACCUUGGUUUGCAGGAGGAAGUAGUUCUAAAGUCCCAGAUGCUAAAAAGUUCUUUCGUAGCAAAGUAAGAGUAUGGUGCAGGUAAUUGCAGUGCUUCAUUAAGUUGACGUAGUGUCAGGGCAUGUGGGCUUUGUUUUGAAAGGGGAGUUUGGUGCCAAGAUGUUAAUCUUUAACAAGUGAUGACAUGAAUUCAUAAGUAGGCAUAGGGAACAAGGCUGGAGAACGUGAAGCAAUGCUGAGGGUAGAGCUACAAGAACCCCACUGCAAAAGGACAUUUCUCAGAGCACUCAUGUGGAUUAGAAAAAGCCUUUUUCAAAAAUCCAGAGGAUGGUCAGUUUUAAGGCUGUGACUGGGACACAGGAGAUCUGAGUUUCAUUCGCAUCCCUGUUAAUAUUUUCUUCUGUGACCUUAGGCAAAUUGCUUAAUCCUGCUCAAUUUCCUCAAUGUGUAAAAUACGGCUAUAGUUUCCUUUCUUCAAAUCUUUGAUUAUGGUGUAAGGUCUUUGGGGCAGGGACUCUGAGCACAAUGUGGACAAGAUCUCAGAUGGGAACUCAAGAUCUUACUGUACAGAAGAUAAAAUGAAGCCUCCAUACUCACCUUCUGAACAUCUCCACAAGAGACUUGCAGAACAGAUAAAAGGUGUUUCCACAGAUUGGUUGAAAUAGGUUUUGAUCAUGUUUGUACCAAAGUUGGUAAAACCCACUACAAGAGCAGACUUCAGUUCCACAUACUCUUAAAAAAAUCUUUAUUAUAAAAGAUAGGAACAAAUGUAACUUAUAUUUUCUCUUUCACAAUGUUAAUCAUGGCAAUUAUAAAAACAAGGUAAACAUAUAUACGGGUAGUUUCAGAUCCAAGUUAAGUGUUUGCUACUUUGGCCAUCAGAUGUGGCAAAGUUACUCAGCAUCAUCAGUGCUAUAAAAGUUAGUCAGUGAGCUACAGUCCAGUAGAUGAGAAACAGGUUUCCCUCGAGACACUUGAAAGACAGCAUGUUCCGGACCAUAUCUUCAACUGGUGUAAGUCAACAUAGUUUACUGACUUCAUUUGAGCUAUGCUAGAAUCUGGCCCUUGCUUUUUAGCUCCCACAGUGAAUGACUGAUUUAAAAUUAAGUUAAAUCAGCCUUUGAAGAAACUGUGAAACUAUGCCACAUCUUUCCUAAUUUUUACCCCAUAAUGAACAUUUUAAAAAUUAGCUUAAGUAGUAUUAAAAUGGUCUGAAGUAUCAAGAUUUCAAGGGAAGGCUUCUUGUUGCUGUUAACGUUGUGGUCAACUCAUGCCAUCAGAUGUUUUGCCGCUUUAAAAGCUAUUGUUAAAAACUUGAUUCCUUUACCACUUUGUCAUUCAAGAUGGUAUCUGAUAUUGAAAGAAUUUCAGUUUUUAGUCAUCAAGUUGCACUGGUAAGUUUAGUAUUUUACUAUUUGUUAGUGGCUGUUCUAAUACAAAGUUGAAGAGCAUUACAACAAAGCAAGAGAGGUCAAUGCUGCUUGCUGCCUAGGAGUUAGAGGUAUAGAAGUGGGGGUGAUGAGGGAAGAGGAAGGAGGUACAACUGCCUGCAUAACCUAGGUCAGGACUUGGGAGGUAUGGACUUUAUAGCCACAUACACACGCAAGGGGAAGGACAGCAUUUAGAGGCCAGGGAGGAGGAGCUGGAGGAAAGCUUGGAUUUGUGGUUUUACUGAGUGAUCCAAAUCAAGCCACUCUUGUUCACUUCUCCAGCAGCGAUUAAAAA